ACUGCACAUGCGCUGUAGCCCACCGUAAUUGCCUUCCCGGUCAUUACCAAAAGUGCCGCUUUCAAUAAACACUGUUGAACAUUUCCGUCGAAGCACAAAUAUAUUAAUUUGAAACAUUCGUCUGAACAAUGUAGACGAUCGAACAUCCUUAGAUAAUCUAAUUUCUCCACGGGGAUAUGACGAGCGAGGAGCCAAAAACGAUACCUGGAAGCGAUACAGAUCAAACUUUAUCACAAGAAGCGAGACCAGCACAGCUGAAUGGCUUUAAUUUAGCCCACGAUGUCAUCGAUCCCUCAUCUCGGCCAUCUUUUGAGUCCCACCCUCCGUCUCCUGCACCCCCAGCAGAUGCAGAUUUUGUCCCUAGAGAGCAGUGGGGUGGGAAGUAUGAGUUUCUGCUGUCCUGUAUGGGCUACUCUGUGGGACUGGGAAACGUGUGGAGGUUUCCUUAUCUCUGCUACCGCAAUGGAGGAGGUGUGUUCCUCAUCCCCUAUUUCAUCAUGCUCAUCUUCACUGGGGUCCCCCUCUUCCUCAUGGAGCUCAGUCUAGGCCAGUAUGGAGCUGCUGGACCAAUCACAGUGUGGAAGUGUUGUCCCCUCCUCAAAGGCAUUGGCAUUGGGAUGCUCUGUGUAUCUACGCUGGUGUGUCUUUACUACAAUGUGAUCAUAGCCUGGACCUUCUUCUACCUGGGCAGCUCCUUUCAGAGCCCCCUGCCCUGGUCCUGUGAUGCCCCGGCCAAUGCCUACCUCUGCGGAAACAACACCAUUCAGAACAACCUUUCUGGCAAUACCCUCAGCCCCUCUGAGGUUUUCUGGAAUGAUCGUGUCCUGGGUGUGGUGAAUAGUCAGGGCCUAGAUGACCCUGGUCCUGUCAGGUGGCCCCUGGCCCUCUGCCUCUUAGCUGCCUGGAUCAUCAUCUUCUUCUGCAUGCUCAAGGGAAUACGCAGCUCCGGCAAGGUGGUUUAUGUGACGGCAACGUUCCCCUACUUCGUGCUGAUCGUUUUGAUCAUCAGAGGAGCUACACUGGAGGGAUCACUUCAGGGAGUGGCCUUUUACCUCACCCCUGACUGGGGCCGGCUGGCCAGUGCCCAGGUGUGGAACGAUGCUGCCUCGCAGAUCUUCUACUCGUUGGGGAUUGGUGUUGGGGGGCUGCUCUCCAUGGCCUCCUACAAUAAGUUUGACAACAAUGUCAUCAGGGACUGUCUGGUCAUCACCAUAGGGAACUGCAGCACCAGCUUCUUUGCGGGAUUUGCCAUAUUCUCCAUCCUGGGUCACAUGGCCUGGAGGAAGGGCGUGCCUGUUGGAGAGGUAGCAGACACAGGUCCUGGUUUGGCGUUUGUGGCGUACCCAGAAGCACUUGCUCUACUGCCAGGCUCUGUGUUCUGGUCCAUCCUCUUCUUCCUUAUGCUCUUCAUGUUGGGGGUGGACACUCUGUUUGGUAAUAUGGAGGGCAUUACCACAGCUGUGCUGGAUGAGUUUCCACAGCUCAGAGCUAGCAUGAAGCAGAAGUCCCUGUUCCUGGGACUGCUAUGUUUCGGCUUUUACCUGAUGGGCCUGCUGUUGAUCACUGAUGGAGGGAUUUACUGGUUCACCCUCAUCGACUCCUUCGCCACUAGCUUUGGUCUCAUUAUCAUCACCCUCUUCAUGUGCCUGGGCAUCUCCUUCUUCUAUGGAGUGAACCAGUUUUGCCAAGACAUCAUUGACAUGAUCUGUCUCUGUCCACCUUGGUGCAGCAAAGUGCUGCUCUACUUCAAAGCAUGCUGGGUAUUCUGCACCCCAUUUCUUCUUAUGUUCAUCCUGACCUAUAUCUUCAUUGAGAUGUACAACACCCCUCUGAAAUAUGGGGCCUAUGUGUAUCCUCGCUGGGGAAAGGCUCUAGGUGUGUGUAUGGGCGCCACCUGCUGUCUGCAGAUCCCAAUCUGGGCCAUCGUGGCAAUGAGCAAGGAGUCUGGAACACUAAAAGACCGAUUUAAGAAGUCCAUUCGCCCUCUGAACUCCUGGAGGGUGAACAACUCGAACAGCAGCGUAGGAGAGGAGCGAGUUGAGGCAGAGAGGGUGGAGGCCCCAUUCACAGUCCACCUGACCGACAGAGACACAGUCAACCUUACAGAUCUGGAUUUCACUGCUAUGGCCUGGGAAAACGGGAUAGAAGCAUGACCCUCUCCUCACAGUGGAAGUGUGUUGCCACCUGCAGAACUGUGUGGACAAAAAAAGAAUUUCACUGUCCACGCAUCUUGCACUGCUACCUGGUUUUCCAUUUACUAUAUUGACACUGAGACUGCUUAGAAUAAUUAUCUGAAUUGUCCUUCAGGACAGUGUAAAUGGGUGGUUUUAUUUUGGCUUUUAAGUACUGUAUUUUUAUUUUUACUAUUUUCAUUUUUGCUGGUGUGUCUGUAUAUACUCGUACAGGCCAUGGCUGCAGAUAUUUUCCAGGCCAUGUUUUUAUUCCUAAAAGAACACAAUUAGUUCUGCAGGGCAGGGCUGUUUCAUAUAUCACUAAUGAAGAGACUGGUGACAAAAGUUUUGUGACCUUAUGGCCUCUUAGUUGAUAAAAUAUUUUUUUCCUCUACCCUCUCUCCUUUGUGAUGUGGAAAGUGGUCUGAUGUUUUUUUGUUCCCAAAGAUUAAAUCAGCAAGGGGACUAUGUAUAAUACGCGAUAUGUCACACAUGGUGUUCGUACCUACAUAAGCAUUUAUGUGACACUAGUCUUGCCAAAGAUGUUAUUUUUUUAUUAUUGUGAUUGAAGACGUGGUUGUGCGAUAACCACUGAUUUUAAAAUACAACCUUUGUAAGGGCAGGUUCCUGAGGUCAUGAAAUUUGGUUUAUAGUUCUCUCCAUUUACAAAAAACAAGUUAUUCUCACAACCCAAUAGGUCCACCAUGAUUGAUUUAUUUGACAUUUACAUUUGUGUGACACCCUUAAUUGAUUUUGGGUAAAAUGCCCAAUUAUCACAUUUUAGUAGUCAUAAAACCAUACAUUAAACUAUCAAAAUACCCGGUCUGUGAAAUAACGUUGAUGGCUGCACCAAAUUAUCAACAUCCUAACUUUGGGCUGAGAUACUGAAGUUCUAGAGAUCCAGCGUAUGUAGAUAUCGCUUUUUUUAACAAAAUGGCAGUCCGAGAAUACAGUAAUUUUUAGAAGACAAAAAUAAGAAGUGUAAUAACAAGCAGCAUGGCUUGGCGAGUUGUGCAUUGAAGGACUUGUAUCUUGAUAGUCAACUGCCCCAGACCUGCUGAGAUUUCAGCCAUGGUUAUAAUUACAAAUUGAACAUCACUAAAUUGUAUAUUGGGGGUGGGUGACUUGGACACUGGACUAGCACAUCACAUAUAUUCAUAUUUGAACAUCAUUUUAUAAUGUUUCCAAAAUAUUAAGACUCACAAUAUGCAAGAACUUGAUGAAAGUAAGCCCAUCCAAUAUAAAUACUGAGGUGGUCUUAUUGUUGUCCUUCAACAGCAUGUUGCUAAGGCUGGAGUUAAAAGGCAGAGAUGAAGAUUCUCACAUUCAGCUAACAGAACCGCUGUAUGAAAACAAUCAUGUCAUGAAAACAUGACCUUGUGUUUAAGCUAUAUUAAAAGAGAAUACAUGACAAAUAUUCCCAGGCCCUGACUGCCAUUUGUCAGGGGUUUUAAUAUCAGUGUUUCACCCCAGGCAUUUUUGCUUUAACUCUAAAUAACCACAUAACUUAAUUAGUGAAAGAAUUGAUGAUUAGUUGACUUAUUGAAUCGGGUGGGACAGAUGUUGGUUAAAACCAAUGUCAGAAACCCUCAUCUAUGUAAGUCUAUGUUAAACAGAAUAAAUACACACAGUCAUACUAUAAUUGGCAUGUUUUGUUACCAUAGUGUAAUAUAGUUUGUAUUGUCUCUUGCAUUUUCAUUCAGGCAUGUGUGUGGUCUUUGAUCAAUCCUACUUUGGUCUGUUGCUCAGGACUAGCACUGAUGGUAUUCUUUUACUACAAGUUAAUAAAACAUGUUUUAAUAUUA